GGCUCGCAUGUCUGUUUAAUCCCUGCGCAUAAAGACCUGUGUUUUCACAUGGGUGCAGUGCCCUGAAUGUUCUUACUCCCUUCAUCAAUCUUGCUGCACACUAAGCAGCUUUGAGCCCCUCGGGGUGCAGACCCUUUCCUAAGGGCUGGAGCUCCAUCAGAGGAUUGCACCCCCUAACACCGGGGGUCUAGGUUGCACUGGUCCGGAUGCUCCAGUCCACUAGGUGGAGCCAGCAGAAACGAGUCGGCCCCAUACACACAGGGUUACAGUAAGGCCAACAGAGAGAGCCACAGCGCACACACAGUCAGACAGGCCAGCAAAGAGGGGUGGAGACAGUCAGACAUACGGAGCAUGCCUCUGGGGAUUGGGCGGAGGAAGAAGGCGUCUCCCCUGGUGGAGAGUGAGGAGGCGGAGCCUGCUCGGGCGGGGCUCGACGUAGACAGGUGGGAGGGUGUGGGAGGCAGGGGGGGGAGUGGGGGUGGGCCCCGCCUCAUCUUCCACACCCAGCUGGCACAUGGCAGUCCCACCGGCCGCAUCGAAGGCUUCGGCAACGUGCGCGAGCUCUACGCCAAGAUCGGGGAGGCCUUUGGGAUCCCGCCUGCGGAGGUGAUGUUCUGCACUCUGAACACCCAUAAGGUGGAUAUGGAGAAGCUGCUAGGAGGUCAGAUCGGUCUGGAGGACUUCAUCUUCGCUCAUGUGAAGGGGCAGCGGAAGGAGGUGGACGUGUUUAAGGGGGACGACGGGCUGGGGCUCACCAUCACCGACAACGGAGCCGGAUACGCCUUCAUCAAGAGGAUCAGAGAGGGGAGUGUCAUCCACCAGAUGCAGGUCAUCAGCGUGGGGGACAUGAUAGAGUCCAUCAACGGGCAGGAUCUGAUUGGCUGGCGACAUUACGAGGUUGCCAAGUUACUGAAGGAGCUUCCUAAGGGCCAGAACUUUCACAUGAAGCUGGUGGAGCCAAUGAAGGCCUUCGACAUGGUGGGCCAGCGGUCGGGGGGAGCCAGGUCUGCUUCCGGGUCACAUUUGGGAACGGGACGAGGAACUCUGCGUCUGCGAGCUAAAGGCCCCGCUACUGUGGAGGAGCUGCCGUCCGCGUUUGAGGAGAAGGCCAUUGAAAAAGUGGAUGAUCUGCUGGAGAGCUACAUGGGGAUCAGAGACAGCGAGCUGGCAGCCACCAUGGUGGAGCUGGGGAAAGACAAGAGGCACCCUGACGAGUUUGCAGAGGUGCUGGACCAGACCCUGGGCGACUUCGCCUUCCCUGACGAAUUCGUGUUCGAUGUCUGGGGAGCCAUUGGAGACGCCAAGGUGGGCCGGCUGUAAACACAGG